AUGCAGACGAAGGCCCUAUGGGAAGAUCUGCAAAACGCCAGCGCAGCGUUCUAUCCAGAUGGACUGGACAAGUGUCCUCCAGAUACCUACACAAUUGAUGACAAUAAAAAUAGAGUCAGAUGUAUUGAGUGCCCCACAUGUCCUGCGGGACAGGAGCCCUCGCCACCAUGUGGCUCUACAGUGGUUCGCAAGGCAGUUGGCGACUGUGUGCCAUGCAAGGCAAGUACCUACUCAGAUAACGCCGACAGCGCAACGUGUAAAGUUUGCACAGACUGUGGCUCAAAAGAGGUCCUGAGUUCGUGUACUAUAGAAACCAACGCAAGGUGCCGGGAGUGCCCCUAUAUGCACUAUGACGAUGAGACCACCAACACUUGUAAACCUUGCUCUUUAUGCUGCGAGGAAAAUUCUGUUCCACAAAAGAAUUGUCUAACCUCAAGGAUAUGUCCUGGAAAUUGUUCUCAGUUGACAGCAAUUCAAGAAAAAUACCACAGUUUUAAGUUACAAAAGUUAGUUGCUAGAACAAUGAGAACCCCUUGGAAUAAAACGCCGGUGUUAAAACUGACCAGGCGACAAAGAGUCAGGCAAAGGGUAAAUAAAAAAAUUGCGAGCACAGUUAAAACUAACAUUGAAGAACCUACGCAUUCAGAGAGAACUGAAAGGGACAUUCAUCAAGAGAAUUACGAUGACACUUAUACACCCAGCGAAACUAAGUAUGUUAGGUCUAAUCCAGCUUUAGAUGAGGAUAUCGACGGGAAAAACCUCCAGUUUUUACAAUCAAUGCAAAGUCCCACAAACGUUCUUGAAAGCGGUAAAGAAAAAAUUGACACCCCAAGUCCAGAAAUUCUCGAACCUCGAGGGGUUGUGAAGGGAGAGAAAGAGCAGCUAGUUGUGACAACGUUUAAACCUCGUGUGCCUCCCCCUGAAGCACCUAACAGUGACAAAGGGAAGUCUGUGCCGCUCACGCCGGAAAAUCAGAGAGCGAUUAAAACCUUUAACAACGAUACUGCGGUGAAAAAUAGACGUCGUAUCCCUGCAAUUGUUUCACCAAGUGUGACUCCGUCAACAGCACAAAAUGCUUGGGCGAUUCCUCCACCCACUCCCAAAAACAUACCUCCGAUGUCAAAAGCAGUGAUAGAGCAGUCUGUAGUUCCAAGUGCUGCCUCUUUUCUGAGCAGUUUUUCAGGAACAAUUGCCGGCUUAGUAGUAUUUGGUUUAAUAGCUCUUAUUAUGUACCUUGUUGGUAAAGGAUGUGUUCGUCGCCAACAAAAAGUUUACAGAAAGCCAAGUGAAAAAGAAGAAACGAAAGAACAACAAAUUCGAGGUAUUUCUUCCAUUUUCUUGAUACAAACUGUCAAUUGCGCCUGGGCAUUAACAAUUAUCGUAAAAUUCCUAUUAACCUCUCGUUGCCCAGUUAUCGUUUUCAUUAUAUGAAAGAAUUUACUAUUAUUUAAUGAUUCAAAUUUUAAUUAAAUCGUCCAUUGUCAGUGUUAAUUCAUAAUUUUCAUUCUUAUAAUUUUCAUCCACCUCAUUAAUUUUUUACUUCGCCUUCCACUUCAUUCACUUCUGCGAAAACAAUGCUACGCGAGGUUCGCUUUUUAAACUCGAUUUAAAUUUGAGAAAGGUUCGGAUACAUUCAAAUCCACUCAGACAUCCAGCGGCACGUGUUUCAUUGUCAUUGGAGUCCUCUUGCAAAUUUUUUGAAAAUGAAGGAGGAUAAUCGGCAGAUUUACUCUAGUAUAUCAGAGGAAGCCUAAGCAAUUACUGACAUGCUCCUUUAAUUUAUCAAAAUAGACGAUCAAUCUGAUGAGGACUCGAAGGAGAGGGGAAGCUUAACUAUAAAGCAAAUGUAUCAAAAUGAGGCUAUCCAGAUUGGGGAUGGUGAGAAUCAAAACAUUAUGCAAUUCUAAAUGCUAGUAAAGCUUUCUAGUCUCAUUUUGUUCUUUUACCACAGAAUUUAUUAUAAAUUCAUGAAGAAAAUAAAUUUAAAUAUGUGUUUUAAGCUCCCAUUUCAUCCAAGCAAAUACCCCAAGGAACUGCUUCAUGCUUCAUUCUGUGAUGGCAUUAUUUCAGUUUAAUUUUAAAUAGUUUCAUGUAUGGAGUUUUUUAACUGACCUUUUUUCUAAUUGAUAUCUGUAUAGGUAAUAGCAUGAUUUGUAGUGCUAUUUAGCAUAUAUACCACGACUAAUAUUUGAAAAUUGGUAUACGUAAUUUCAGGAGCCGUUAGGCGAGUGAAAUUUGAGACAAUUUUGAAAUAUCACGGGUGGUAUUUAUGCUAAAUAUCACGUACAAAUCCUGCCAUUACUUGUUUAUACCACUGCCCGCAAAAGGUUUGUAAUUUUCACAUGUAGGUAUUUCAAAUUAAGCUGAAAUACCACUGCUCUAAGCCAAUCAAACUGCAGAAAUUUCUCCUGUAGUAGUAUAAUAUCGCUAAUUUUAUUUAUUAAUUUCUGUCUCGGCACACCUGUAAAGUAGCUGGCGCAGGUGUUAAACUAAAACUGUAACUUGAUUCGAAGCAUUGCUGCAAAAAGACUGGAAAAGCGAUGUUACGUGUUUUACCACCAACGUUCAAACAUGUCUUGCAAUAAAUCAAGCUGCAAGUUGCGUGAAUGUUGACUUCUGAUUGGAUAAAAUUAUCCUGGAGUUACGUCACUUGCUGCGACACAAGUUUGCUUUGGGCCGAUAAAACGUGCAACAUGUACAGAUUUUUUGCAAAAGGUAGAGCUACUCUCUACUUUCUGCAACAACUUUUCCAGCCUGCAACAACCUGAUUUGUUGCAAGACAGGAGUAAACGUGGAUAGUAAGAAGCGCAAUAUCGCUUUUUUCAAUUCGUUUGCAGCAAUGUUACAAAACAAGAUGCUCGUUUUUGUUGCCCAAGAAUUUACUUGACCUUAAACCAUAAAGUUAAUAAAGUAUUUUAUUAUAUUGUUAUAAUUAAUAUUAGUAAUGAGUCAUUUUGAUUGGUCCUGAUAUCGAAGCUUUACAUUUUAAUCUUUCAGAUGUCAAUCUGGCUGAUCUACCUUUUCAUGUUGAGGAAUUCUUCAUAAAGAAAUUGGAUGUACGCUGCCCGGGUCAACGGUUCUAUGGCUGGCAAAAAGUAGGCGAAGCGUUUCACAUAGACAAAGACGAUCUUCGAUACUUAAAGAUCGAAUACAAAAGGGACAAUGGAAGCCCCACCAGUAAGCUGUUCGAAAUGCUUGGAAAGAAGCAGAACAGAAAUGUAUCAGACCUCGUGGAAGUUUUAAGGAGUCCUGAAAGAAGACGUUCUGACAUUGUCUCUGUUAUCAAACUUACUUAA